AGAGUUUUGGAUGUACGACCGAAGACCUGCAGCAACAGAUAUCGAACAUCAUGUUUGGAGAAGGCGCUAACAAGUUGUGUGAUCUGAAUUCAGGGAGAGGCGUGACAGGAAACGAUACGAGUCAGGGACGCACGUUGGAUUUAGAAACUGAGGAAUUGUUGGGUGCCAUUUGCGAGCAUGCAAAUGUGGACGUGGAAAAAGGGGAGGCGACAGGCACCACAAACAGUGCAAAGUGCAUAGUUCCCAGGGACCGUGUCACGAAGACUACAGCAGGAAACGAAUUUGAGUACGAUAUGAAUUGGGAACCUGGCAAGGUGCAACCAGGGUGGAUCGGUGCUCAACACUGCAUCGCGUUUAAGAGUGGUGACACAUGGGUUCCGUAUCGCUUGCCAAAAUUGAAGACAUGGCGUUAUAUCACGGCAGCCAUUGUUUUCGACCGAGUGAAAAGGAUAAACGGCGGGUUGGCGGUUGAGGAUUUGGUCAAAUACACAAAUGUCCUUACUAAGAGAUUGACAGACAAGGGGGAGAUACGACUUAAUGAUUUUUUUUAUGAUCGUUAUGAAUCGACCGAGCAAUGGGUGGUUUAUGAGGACGGAAGAGGCGGGGAUGAUGUUUGUGAGGAUAAUGAUGCAAGACGGGAUGCACGGUGGGGUUGGGUGUCGUCAACCAUUCCUUGUGACUAUGGAGAGAUUAGGAUUUUAGUCCGCGAUCUCAUGGGGAACUGUUGGAGUACAGUUUACAUAUACGGCGAGUUCAUCUCUCGUUGUUUGGACAGGGAUCUGCUGAAGUCCGAGAAAGUGUUUAUGCGCAUCGAUGAUGCCGCGGGAACGCAAUUCACGAUCCCGCUUGAAAACCCAGUGUUGUCACCAAUUAUAGAGGAGAAAGUUUUUUCUGGGGAGGAUAACAUUUGUCUGCGACAUGUAAGAGGCAGGGAGGUCAUUUAUGAUGGUCUGUUCAUUAGCAUAUGGGACCCGGAUAUGACAACGUCGGAGAGGGUGUGUAACAUUGACAUAUCCGGAACUGUCAUUCCACAGAAUGGUUUGCUGCAUCACAUUCAGUACAUGUCGGUGGAGGACAUGGCAGGCAGCGAUGAUAACAGGAGCAUUUCAGAACCUCAUAUUGCACGCACAAAACAACCGGCAUGUGAGGUAAAUGGACCGCUCGCAGACACGGACGUGUGUGCUGCAAACAGACCAGCUGAAGACACGGAUGCGGGAUGUGCUGUUGUGGACAAGAGCAGACCACCAAGCGGCACGAUGGACAGCGAUGGUAGCCGGAAGAUUGGACGAGGAAUGAAGCGGAAGGCCACAAGCAGAAGAGACAAUGGGGGAACACCGACACUAGCACAGAGGGGGAGGGGAGGAACUGGGAAGGGGGGAAGAACACCAAUGGCACGUGGACGAGGGAGAGGACGGGGGAGGGAUCAGGGAGGAGCAGCAAUGGAUGGCCCGGGGGAAACACGAGGGAAAAUUGGUGGAAGCGAAGGGGUUCAGAGGCGCAAUCGCCGACCUGGAGAGGCUGCUGUGACAGAAAUGCGGCGGUUGCAACGCAGUACAGACCUUUGCAUCGCUUACAGAACAUUUGUAAGGCUACGAGUUGUCGAAUGGAUGUGUGAUGACGAAGACAUCAACAAGAGUAAGAGAGAGGGAGGUGUUUUUUACGACAGAUCGGCGUUCAAGAAGUUUGUCACAUCUCGGGCGAAGGAAGCUCGAAUGUUGAAGACAACAGCGCAUGACAUAUUGAAGAGUAAUGCAGCGGAGAUAUUGGCACUCAGCAGGAUGAACGAGCUACCUCAAACAGACCCUGUUGACUACCAUGAUUUGGCAACAGUGGUGGUGAGCGAUGUCGAGUACGUCUUGCUCGAUCAGAUUAUGGAUUUAAUGUUAAAGACAGAUAAUGAUACAAAUUUGAUUCACGAGGCCUUACACGAGGUGACAGAGGACGCAAUAGCAGCAGCAGAGCUUGCUGAUGUCGAGAGCACAAAGGAUGAAAAUCAACUAGUGUCGGGGACUCCAAUAUGUCAGGAGAACAUAUUCACAGUCCUGGAGGACCCCACCUAGGCAUCAACGGAAGCGGAGAGAAUGAGCAAAAGAAUGCAAGGAUGACAAUUGGUUGUUGUGGAAACAAUCAAUGCGACACACCAUA